AUGUCUUCCACCACUGUUGCAGUCUCAUCCGCGGCCUCGCCCUCCGUGAGAGACCACAUGCACAACGGAGGUAUCGCAGCGUACCUCAGAGGCUGCAUCGUGUUGUACUCAGAGGGAGCAGGAGUUUUCCACGUCCACACCAACGCCAAGAAAUAUGGACAGCAGUCUGUUUUCUAUCUGAGAGGAUCUCCGAACGACAUCACGGACAACGACAUCAGCAGAAUGCUGGCCGAGACAGGCUUGGGAAUUCGAGAGAUCAUCUUUGACGCGGACGGCGCUUACAUCAUACUACAUGGCGUUCGUCAAGCCGCCGAAGUUCGGCAAGCGUUCAGCAUCCAUGGAGAUGUCAACACUGAAGAGGUUCCUAUCUUGGACUUGUCGGAGUUGCACGGAGUCCAGUCAGAUCCGACCUCAACACUGGUCUUGCUCUCCUGGACGAGACCAACGCGGAACUUCUUCAUCACCGCCUUGGACGACUCCUCCGCCGACACAGUCAGAAGCAUGGCGGACACGCUCGAGGCAGGAGGCUUCCCAAGGAGCUCCCGCGUCCUGGGGCCCGCUGCCACACACAAAAUCGUCACUGGUCAUCUCGGUCAAAAGAUACUGCAGAUCAGCGACGCUACCGGGACUGCCUCGGAAGGCGAGCUUUCCAGGGUGCUCUUUGGCACAAACAACUACGACAAGACCCGCUUCGCCCUGGGGACCGGUCGAAGCUGGUCGGACGACAUCGACGACCAAGUCGACUACGUCAACAACAUGCUGAAUCACUUCGGCGACUUGGAGAUGCCCGUCACAAGCAUUCGCCCCAUGGUCAACAGCACACACGUGGGAGCCGCCGCAACCUUCGCGACCUCAGAAGCCGCAGCGAAGGCGACGGCAAAGCUCAUGGGCAAAAGGCUUCCCUUCGCCAAUGACAGCCGCCUGGAGAUCCAACAAGUCCACGAGUACGACAUCAACUUCCCCAACGAAAGCUCCUGGAGACGGGCGUCCGACUUCUGCAGCUCCGACGAAUGCUUGGAGUUCAUGAAGACGGAAAACUGCGGCAUUUGCGACCAAGGCAACACAGACAAUUUGCAGAUCGCUUGGCAAUGUCCCAACAGGAGAGCGGCCGUACAUAUGCGCCGGAUGCUUUCCCGGUUCGCUCAGCCGACAACACCCGAAAAGCCUACCAGAAAUGGCAGCACCGACACGCGCACUUGUAUCAUCUGCUACGAGGACGAGUGCGAUUCAGACUCCACGGUUACCGGAGCGUGCGGUCACUCCUAUUGCCUCGACUGCUUCACCAACUUCAUCGGCGCCGGUGCAUGGACCAAAGACAAGGGCAUGUGCUGUGUGGGAACCGACGGCAAGGGCACGAUUUGCGGCAGCACUCUCACUUUCGAUAUCAUUGCCGACCAAGUCCCUCGCGGGUUGGUUGCCGAAAUCCUCACGAAGUCCUUGGACGCCCAGGUCGCCAAGAACCCCGACUGGCUCCAACGAUGCUCGGACCCGGAUUGCUCCCACGUGUACGAACCCGCACCGAAGGGCACGUACACGGCCGACCGACUCUGCGGCGACUGCGGAGUUCUGCUCUGCAGAGUCUGUGGAGAGGGACAUCCCCAGAGCGACUACUGCCCAGACUCCGGCAACGAAGAACUCCAGCAGGCUCUCGACGAACUGGACGCGCGCGGAUGUCCCAACUGCAAGGUGCCGAUCGAGAAGAACGAGGGUUGCAACCACAUGACCUGUCCGUUUUGCGACGUGCAUAUCUGCUGGUGGUGUAUGGCGACGUUUCGAAACGGACCCUCCGUCUAUCAACACAUGACGGCGAAACACGGUCGCAUCGGCGAGGGAGAGGAGUAUAUGGCCGUCGCAGCCGAUGGCGCUCCCAUCGCCGACGAGCAAAUGCUCGCGGAGCAGAGGCAGGUGGAGGCAAUGGCCCGAGGGGCUGGCAGGAAUGACGCGGAUGACGAGGGAUUAUGA